AAGAUACUCGUCACUGAUGAACCGCCAGAUGGUCAGAUGCUGGACCAAUGGGAGCCAACUUCACCUGAUUCUUUGAAGACGCUACUUGAGAUCAUAUAGUUUUUGAAAGUAAAGCAAUGGAAGAUUAUACAAUGAAGCGUAUGCUAAAAAGAGAAAGAUAAUCCUCUAGCUAUCCUAUUUUUGGAUCAAUCAUCUUCGACCACUGUGGCAACCACGUCCACGCUUGCCUCGUCCUCCGACCGUAAUCCAUUGAUCUUGGAGUUUUUUGGAUUCAGUGAAAAAAAAAAUGGCUUUUUGCAAUAAGCUAAGCCGUCUCGUGAGGCAGAGUGAGAACGCUUCCAUGAUUGGGUCUAUCAGGUCUUUCUCUGCUGAGGCCACUCACCAUAGAUACCACCAGGAGACUCACAACUUUCUUGAGCCAGAAAGCUAUAUUGGUAGCUGGGAAGCUCCAAAGGAUCCGAAAGAUGCAAAGAGGAAGCUUGCACAGCUUAGGAGAGAUUACGCAAAGAAAGUUACAGUGUAUCGUAAAGAGUAUAUUCAUGAGAUUGAGAUGCUUCGUGUUGAGAAGCAGGCUAAGGAUGAGGCUAGGUUGUUGGCUGAACGAGCUGCGAAUGAGGAGAGGAGACGGUUGAAGGCUGAGGCUGCUAAGGUUAGGGCUGAGGAACGUAAGAUUGCUGAUGAAGAGUUCAGGCAAACCCUGAUGAAAGAAAGAGCGGAAAAGCUAGAGAUCUGGAAGAUGAUGGGUAUAAAAAGGGAAGAGAAGAUCAAAGAGAGAAAGAAGCUACUACGUGAGCAGAGUUCAUUGUGGAUCGACCCAAAGGAACUGGAGAGGAAGAUUACAGAAGCCUUAGUUGAUACCAUUGUUCUUUAAACCAAAAAACUUCUCUUCUUCUGAAUCUUAGAAUCACUUUAGUCCCUUUUGGUUUGCAGGCCAAUUCAAUCCCGCUGGCAACAGAUGAGAAUUGAGCAUGACAUGGUUGGAUUCCAUUUUCUGACUCUCUUCAGAGCUUUUGUUUGUGUUAUGUAAAAUAAAAGUUGUUGGGUUUUGUUUCCUUGAGUGGUUUGAUUUUGGA